GCGAGCGCGGCUUUCUGCGGGAUCCGGGGCGAGCUUGCACGCCACACCACCGUUACAUCCCUUUGCUGGUCUAAGAGGUCACCACUUAGGCUUCCCUUGCAGAAGUCACCGUAGACUAGUAAGGGCCGCGGAAACGGGAGGACCCCGCCGGGGACGACCUGGCGGACUGGCUUGCCAGCUCCUGGCAGAGCCGCGGGCACGGGUUGGCCGCAAACGUAGAGAAUUUCAUUUUUCACAGCUCUUGUCGCUCCUCGGGGGCCACUUGAGCUUCUCAAGGUAAUCCUUUCGCGGCCUCGCCUGGACGCCGAGGGGCAAAAACUUCGAAAACGCACUGGACUCUGGUUGUACAGUGUAAGAGGUCAUUUUCCUGUGAGGCUUUCAGGGGAGCUUCACAGGACAGCGACCUGAGCCAACUGCCCACUCCCCACUCUUCCUAGCCGUGGCCUGGCGGCGGUGUGCUUUGCGGAAGUGCCAAAAUGAGUGACCGCUACUUAGAACAAAGGAUUAGCAUCAAAUUUUGCGUGAAGUUGCACAAGUCUGCAAGCGAGACGCACCACCUUUUAAAAGAAGCUUACGGCGACGGAGCCAUGUCCAGAGCCAGGGUUUUUGACUGGCACAAAAGGUUUAAAGAAGGGCGGGAAGAUGUGCGAGACGACGCACGGAGCGGGCGGCCGGUCACGCACCGGACCCGCGAAAAUAUCCGGAAGGUCAAGGAGUUGGCUUGUUCCAACCGGCAGUUAACGGUGAGGAUGAUGGCCGAAGAGUUAAAUUUGGAUAAAGAAACGGUUAGACUCAUUCUGAAAGAAAACUUGAACAUGAAGACAGUGUGUGCCAAGGCGAUGCCAGGUGGUUUGAAGCAUGACCUCAGACCCCGAAAACCGGACUUUCUGUGCCAUCUCUCAAAGCAAGCUAGGGAAAUCAGCUCAUCUGUGAGGGGAGAGAUGACAGGUCCUGAAACAUGGAGUCCUCUCCAGAGGGAGGCGGCUCGGGAAAUGCCGCUGCCAGUCUCCCAUUCCUGAACCCAGUCCCCUGCCAGCCAGCUGCUUCCGCAGGCUUCACCUUCAGGAAGCCUGGCCCCCAGGGUAGUCCAGGAUUGGCUCACACCAUGGUGAACCUGAGCUCGGAAGCUCCCUGUAUCUUAAAGCACCUUCUUCUGUUGGUCAUCUGGUUUGUCUUUCUCUACCACUCCUGCCUUUGUGCCACAGCCUCCCUAGUUAUUCUUUGCUGCACUGCGCGGCCACCUUCCUUGCUGUACGCCACAACUUUGAAGAACUCUUGGCUGUCGUCGUCAGGCACUUAGAUGUUCUUUGCUUGACACGUUUGGAUCUCUUCACUGCCCAGACCUUAGCGUGUCUGAGGCUGCCUUACCCCUUGGUUCUCAACAUUCUGCUUCAGGGAAUCAUACCACCGAGAGGUGGGGGCAGGACCCCUGGAGUGUGUCUCUCUGUGCACAGGGAGACAUGCUCCUAAGAGGACCACAAAGAAGGUCUACAGCCCCAGCCUGCUUUGCAGGCGGGGUGUGAGGUAUGGUACAGAAAGCAGUAGCAUGCUGACAUAGGAGCUGUAUCUGGCCCACAUGCCUCAGGGGGAGCCCCUCAGAACUGAGGACUUGGCCACCAUUGCUAAUCUACGCAUAGACCCUCCCCCUCCUUGGAAAGCUGGGUGUGUUGCUUUGGACUCUCCACGCAUUUGGACAUCCCCUUGCUUCAAGAAGAGAAUUUGACCCUAGGAAAUAUAAACCAAGGAACUGGGCCUAGACUGAUGUGGGAAGAUUGGUGGGUAGGUGCCAUACUAGACCCUGAAUUAAGGGCUCUCACUGCCGUGUAUUGGUUCCCACAUAGCAGCCUGCUCCUAGUGACUAACACCUAGAUCGUCGGGUUUUUCUUUUUCAUAUCUACUACUUUAGGGCAUGCUGAGUGUUUAUGAUUUGAAGUCAGGAAACAUGAUCACCGAGGUCUAGGUAUACUUAACGGAUGAUGCAGUGAUCCUCACACUGGGUCUAUAAAGAAAGGUGAGUCUUAGACAAGGGUUGAGGACAUUUGGGAAAGCUUUCCAGGUAGAUGGAAGAGCAUGAGGCUUUGGACCCUUGUCAAUAGGGAAUGAUGACAUUACUGGCGGGAAUUUCAAAUUUUAAAGUCAAAAACGGAAAUAAUGGUGUUGCAGGUAAAUUAUUUGGGAUCCUUUGCAUCCUCUUCUUUGUCCCUCAACUCUUUGCCAGUAGUCUAUAAAUUGGCUUCCCCCAGUCUGUGGAUAAGUUAUUAAUCAUCUACAUAUUUGAUUACCUAAUUUUCCUGUUGAACCAAAAGAGCAGUCUCUACAACUUCAAACUCCCCUUUCUUUGUCUCUCCUCUCUCUGCCUCUGCCAAGAUUUAUGGGAUAGAACUUGUCCCAAAGUGGGUGUCAGGCAAUAGCACAUAAACUGGAAACAUCUCA